AACGGAGAUGCCUGCAGCCGCCGCCCACACCGAGUUGAAGCAGAGCAAGAAACCUGCAAACACUGCGUUUAAACAGCAGCGCCUCAAGGCAUGGCAGCCACUACUCACUCCAAAGACCGUCUUGCCAACCUUCUUUCUUAUUGGCAUUAUUUUUGUUCCUCUAGGAAUUGGUCUUUUUUUAGCUUCUGAAAAGGUGGUGCAAGUUUCGUUUGACUAUACAAAAUGCUCCACUUUGGCUGGCAAUAAUUUUACCGCUCCAGCAGAUUCAUCAAUUGGCAUUACCAGCUGGAAAUAUGACGCAGCUUCGCAAGUCUGCUCCAUUCAAUUUCCUAUUCCUUCUGAGAUUCCUGCUCCAGUUUUCAUGUAUUAUCGUUUGACCAACUUUUUCCAAAACAACCGUCGUUAUGUCAAGUCGUUUGAUGCCAAUCAGCUCAAGGGAUAUGUGGCUGCUGAGAAUCUGGAUAUUGGAUGUAUUCCACUUAAUGUGCCUACUGACGGGACUGAAUUUGUUACUAUUGCUGGUGUGAAUACCACUAUCAAAAAGACUUCUGGGCAGCCUACUCCCCAGUACUAUCCAUGUGGUUUGAUAGCCAAUUCUCUUUUUUCUGACAACAUCUCUAAUUUGACAUGCGUCAGUUCUACUUUUCAAUUCAAAGAUAAUCAAGUUUGUUCCCCAGGAAGUCUCACCAGUUUUGUGUAUCCACUUUAUUCCCAAGGCAUUGCCUGGCCGUCAGAUGCGGACAAGUAUGGUAAUAUAAACACCCAAACGGCGCUAACUGCUGAACAAAUCUCAACCACACUUAUCCCACCACCGUUUUGGCGCACGGCUUUCCCACAGUGGAAGGAUGGAUACAACUCGACAAAUCUUCCUAAUCUCAAAACCUGGGAAGCAUUUCAGGUAUGGAUGCGUACUGCUGGUCUUCCAACUUUUAGAAAACUUUGGGGUCGCAAUACCGAAUCUGUUCUUCCUCACGGAACUUGGCAAGUUGAUAUUGUGCAGAAUUUUGAUGUUUCUCGGUUUAGUGGUACCAAAUCAAUUGUGAUUUCGUCAGUCUCUGUGCUGGGUGGCAAAAACUCAUUUUUGGGUAUUGCAUAUAUUUGUGUUGGUACAGUCUGUUGGGCACUUGGUAUUGCAUUCCUUGCACGCCAUAUGAUUAAACCAAGAAAACUGGGUGAUCACAACUAUCUGUCGUGGAAUCAGCCUCACCACAAUGUCCAACACGCUCAAGGGCAAGCUGGUGGUCAAGGAAAUACUCGCUUUGGAAAUGCUGUAGAGACUGCGCUCCAUUAAACAACCGAAUCGACAUACUUUGAAUUGAUUCAUUCCUAUUUUCUACUAUUCUUACACACCAAUCCUGGGCAUUGCAUGCUCUAGAUAUUAAAUAAGUUUAUUGCUUUCU